AUGGCCAAAACUGUCUGCAUCGUAGGUGCUGGGCCUGCCGGCCUUACAGCGGCCAAGAACUUGCUCCAUGGGGCGCCAAAGGACUUCUUCAAAGUCACCUUGUUUGACGCCCAGAAGGAUAUCGGCGGCCUGUGGCCAACGUCUGUAGACGACACCCAGCGCCAGAUCCAUCCCCUCAUGUUCACCAACGGCAGCAAGCAUACUGUGGCUUUUAGCGACUUAUGCUGGGAUGACGACAGCAUUGAUCAGUUCCCCAGGGCGCACAAUGUCGGCGAAUAUCUCCAUCGCUACCUGAAACGCCAUCUCCAAGGGAACAAGAGCUUCCAGUUGGUGUUGGACACGCGCGUGGUCAACGCUGAGCGUCCGGAAGGUGACUCUGGACCGUGGAGCGUCAAGUUGGAGUCGUCCUCGGGUUCUCAGACACAAUGCUACGAUUAUUUAAUCGUUGCGUCUGGCUUCUUUGGAAAGCCCAUCAUACCGCCCUACUUUCGAGACGACAUUGUCGGUCGCGACAUUCCCGUAGUCCACAGCUGCCACUAUCGGAACCUCAAAAGCUUGCUGGGCAAAGGUCGGCCGGGUGGGGGCAAGAUCUUGGUCGUUGGCGGGCAAAUGUCUGGAGUAGAAAUAUCUGGAACCAUUGCUACUCAUCUUUCCUCGGCUAUUCACUCUCCCGAUGACUGCGGGAUCACGGAUAUCGAGCACUAUUCCAUCCAUAAUGUGGUACCACGGCCGACGUGGGUUUUUCCAUUGUUUACAAGUCCAGAGCCGGCGUCUUCCGCGCCUCCAUUCCUGCCGCUGGAGUUUUCGCUUCUCAACCGCAGCAACAGAGGCGAGGUCUUGGUGAACACACAAGGACACAUUGACGAGGAAAACGCAGAGUUCCUGCACGGUCUCUAUCAGUACAUGCUAGGCGGCAGCCAGUCGGAGUUUUCCUCUGAAAUGGAAAUCACUGACGAUUUCAUGACAACCCAGCCUCACAUGUCCGUCAGUGACUGGUACAGCGAAUUUGUUCGAAGCGGCAUGAUCGAAGUGACACUUGGAAAGGUUGUGUCCAUGAAAGGACGAACCGCGCACAUCUCUGGAGACGCAGACGACAUCUCCAAUGUGGCAGCCGUCGUCAUCGCCACCGGCUUUGACCCGACUCCGUGUCUAGAAUUCUUGCCCGAGGACGUCCGGCGCAAGAUGUCGCAUUCGCCCGAGCACGUCAACCAGCCGCUGGCCCUGGCUUUCCACGGCACACACCAUCCCGCGGUGCCCCAUAUUGGCUUUGUGGGAUUCUACCGGAACCCCUACUGGGGGGUGAUGGAGAUGCAGGCCAGGUUCCUAACGAAGUUGUGGUCCGAUCCGGACUCUGCCAGCCUGCAACGCAUGCUCGCCGAUGAUGACUCCAUAGAGAGGACUCUGUCGCUGCGAGAUGACCCCCGCGUGUCGCAGUAUCCCAUGGGAGACUAUCCCUGGCUGAUGCAAGAAUUUGCCCAGGCCCUGCAGCUUGAAAUGAGUCCGCUGCCACAGGUAGUCGCGCCGCCCGUGCUGUCGCACAAUGAUCGACCACUGGACACGCUCACGCCCGCUAGAUACCUGGACGCUUCCCCUGAAGAACAGGCUCGUCGAGAGGCAGCCGUGUCCAUCCACAAUGUUGCAACAGCCAUCGAGGCUGCCCUGACAACUCCAAAGUAUGUUGCCCGGGGCGUCUUCCGCAGCUUGCUGGGGAGGUGGAACGUGGAGACGACUGUGUUCGGCUCGUCGACCUCGGCAGCCGCCACAGCAAGCACCACCACCACCCUAUCCAGCACGGCCGACUUCAACCUGCGCAGAAAGACGGCAGACGGCGUGCAGCAUCUGACCAACGGCCAUCGAAUUCAGUGCGAUGACGAGGGCUUUGAGUACGUGUGCGUGGAGGCUGCGGACCCGGGCGCUGAGGCCUCCCCAGCCAUCGCCAUCCACGCCCCGGCCAUCUGGCGCUACGACGAAUCAAACGACUCUCUCAGUAUCUGGUCUGCGCAGCAAACUAUACGUCCCGAGGCCGACGCCUUCUCCCACACUCUUUCUUUCCAGCAACCCGAGGACGAGAGCGAGCGUGAGGAGGGCUGGCGCGCUACAGCAGCGCAUUUGCGGUCUGACGAGCAAACCAUCAGCUACAAAUUCAAAUUUGAGGCUGUCAAUCUGCAAGAGUGGUCAAUCACCACUCAUCAACAAGAUGGCGAGAGUGAAGUCGUGGUGGCAAAGGUGUUUACCCGUUAG